AUGGGAAGCCACGCGACAACCACGGCAGCCACCGGCGCCGGCAUCGCCCUCGUCCCGUGGGACCCUGCCAGCGACAGCCACGCUGACCGGAUGACGACGCAGCGGCACGCGUGCGGCUGGGACGUCGACAAGGUAUCGUACUGGCGAGAAAGGGUGACAGCCGGCGAUAAGCUCCUCUUUUGGGUCGUGCUGUCGUCUGGGGACGGCAACGACGCGGCAGAGGUGCUGCUCGCCAAGCACACGUCCGAGUGUGCGGCCGAGAGGGGUCCGCUGCAGGACACGGCAGCGCGGGUGGGCAGGGCGGCGAGGAAAGCAACGGGCGAUGCGUUCAUCCCGAUUGGACACAUUGCGCUUGACGAGUAUCCGGCGCGGAACGUGCUGUUUGGGUUGCCGCCGGCGACGUUGUGGAUCAAGUCAUUUUACAUUUCCAAGGCAAUUCGGUCGGGUGGUCUGGGGCGGAAAGCGAUGGCGCAGGUCGAGGCCAUGGCCGCCGCGCCGCCGUUUUGCAGCGCGGCGCUGGCGCUCGACACGACGAGUUCGGAGUGGCAGCGGCGCGCGACGAGCCAGAGACUCUACGGAACGGACGAGCCGCCGGCAGAGGCGCCGCCGGUUCAGACCAAUCAGGCGUGGUACGCGCGGCAGGAUUACAGGGACAUGGCGCUGCCGGAGAAGGAGGAGGCAUGCGCGAGGAUGGAGGGGAGGAAGUCGCUGGGAUACUAUGCGGAGACGGACCCGGCGACGGGAAUAUCUAUUGAGGUUCCGACGGUGUACAUGUACAAGGUGAUUGAGAGAUGA